GUGAUUGGCGCAUCUGAGUCGCGAGACUACACCCCACCACGUGCGUCCCAGGCAGACUCCCUGACAUCACCUCGUCCUCGCCUCCCUGAGAGGGAGAGAACAGCAGCCGCCAUGGUGCUGUCACAGAGACAAAGAGAUGAACUAAAUCGUGCUAUAGCUGACUAUCUUCGUUCCAAUGGAUAUGAGGAGGCCUAUUCCACCUUCAAGAAAGAAGCGGAAUUAGAUAUGAAUGAAGAUGUAGAUAAGAAGUAUGCAGGACUUUUGGAAAAGAAAUGGACCUCAGUUAUCAGAUUACAGAAGAAGGUUAUGGAGUUGGAGUCGAAGCUGAACGAGGCGAAGGAGGAGAUGACACAUGGAGGACCUGUGGGCCAGAAGAGAGAUCCGAAAGAGUGGAUCCCCCGUCCCCCGGAGAGAUAUGCCCUGAGUGGGCACCGUGCCCCAGUCACGCGGGUCAUUUUCCACCCCGUGUUUUCUGUCAUGGUCACAGCCUCUGAGGAUGCUACCAUCAAGGUGUGGGACUAUGAGGCAGGAGACUUUGAGCGAACGCUGAAGGGCCACACAGACUCUGUGCAGGACAUUUCUUUUGAUCAGACAGGAAAGCUGCUGGCCUCAUGUUCAGCUGACAUGAGCAUCAAACUUUGGGACUUUCAGGGGUUCGAGUGCAUCCGAACAAUGCACGGUCACGACCACAAUGUGUCCUCUGUAGCCAUCAUGCCAAAUGGAGACCACAUAGUGUCUGCUUCCAGAGACAAGACCAUGAAAAUGUGGGAAGUGGCUACUGGGUAUUGUGUGAAGACAUUUACAGGCCACAGGGAGUGGGUGAGGAUGGUUCGCCCCAAUCAGGACGGCUCGCUGCUUGCCAGCUGCUCCAACGACCAGACGGUUCGUGUCUGGGUGGUGUCUUCAAAGGAAUGCAAAGCAGAGUUGCGGGAGCAUGAACAUGUGGUAGAGUGCAUUGCCUGGGCCCCCGACAGUGCCCACCCCACCGUCCUGGAAGCUACAGGCUCAGAGAGUAAGAAGAGUGGGAAACCUGGUCCUUUCCUUCUCUCUGGUUCCAGAGAUAAAACGAUUAAGAUGUGGGACGUCAGCAUUGGGAUCUGCCUUAUGACUCUGGUGAGUAAUAGGAAUUUCCACAAGACUGCCCCGUACGUGGUCACAGGCAGCGUGGAUCAGACAGUCAAAGUCUGGGAGUGCCGCUGAGACCGUCUCCACCUCCUCCCCUGCCCUGCUUCCCAUCAACUCCCCAAAAUAAGUCCCCGAUGCCCCCAUCCUACCCCACUCUGUCCUGCACCUUUCUCCCUCUAUUCAGACGCCCAGUCCAGCCCCUCAACUCUCGCACUCCAAACCAUAGUUGACCAAGCCGCUUUACCUUUUCCUCGCUUCCCUCCUCUACAUUGGUCCAGCCCUAUUAAGAUGACUAUUGUCCUUUUUGUGUAAAUUAUUCUGGAUGUAGGGUACGCUUAAUAAAUGUCACGCAAUCUCUGACACAUACACACUCAAAAAGAUAAAUAUCUUUGCAUGGUGAUUCCAACAACAACAACAACAAAAAAAGAGGAAGAAUUCAAUACUGUUAAAUUUGCCUACUGUUGUCAUGACUUGCUGUCUGGUCGAAGGGGUAAAUGUCUGUGUGUGCUGGCGCAGGUGGGUUCCAGUUAACUGACGGUGCACGAAAACCAAUGUCACCCCUCGUGAAAAGGGGCUUAGGUUAUGUUUAGUUUUGUUUUACUCCAUGCAGCCAUUUUUGUGGUCUGUCACUGCGUUGUUGGUGAUGGAGCGGGUGUGAAGAAAAAACAAUGGCAAAAGAAGCUCUCCAGAGGGAGGUGAAGGGAAAAAUCCAGCAGGACGCAGCUUCUCAGUCGAUUCACACGAGCUUUUGUGGGCGCGUGCACAUGUACGUCGAGUGAGUGUGUGUGUUUGUAUGUUACGACAGGAGAAUCUUCAUACUCCCUCUGCUCUGUAGGUCAGAUCGGAGGGAGGAGGCAAAGCUUCUCGCCCACUUUGUUCUUUCAUACUUUUUCAUCUUUUAACAAACUUGCUUUCUAGUUGACACUCACUGGACCUUAAUGAUCCAUAAGCUGCUGAGAGCACAGGCACAAGCCCCAAAGCAAAAGUGUGUGUGACGGAAGAAAAAUCUGCUCACCUUUUCGGGAGGUUUGUGUGUGUGUGUGUGUGCGCGUGUGUGUG